CCCUGUCUGCUGGAGCACGGCCAUCAAAGGGGGUGGUUCAGAAGAGGGAUCAAACUCAGAAAUGCCAUUAGAGCAAACUCAUGCCAAUCACUCAGCCAUGCAAGCAGCUUGCGCCUCUGCAGCUCAUGACCCUGGCCACGGACUCACGGAACAGCAGCUCUUCUCAACGCUGGCUGUGACCUCAAAGUGGCUACAGCAGGCUGAUGUUCAGUCACUGCAUCCAGAAAUUUUCAAACCUAGAAGGCCUGAGCCCCCAUGUGAGAUGUAUAACCCACCACAUCCUUCUUAUGAAGUAAGCUGUCCUAAUAUAACAGCAUAUAUUUGUGCUACAAAUGGCCUCACUUACCAGAAUGAGUGUUUCUAUUGCCUUGAUAAGUGGGAAUUUGACCUCGACAUUAAAGUAAAAAAAGAUGGAAAAUGUAGUUAAUGGGUAACAGCGUGCCUAGACUUGCUUAUUUUCUUCACUGUUUAACUGUGAAAAUUAUUUCUUUUGGAAUUUGAGACUGUAAAUUAAAUAACACAUCCCUAUGCUGUACCCAAAUUUGGAAUAAAAUGGGAAACAAAGGAAUAAAACUAAUGGAAAAUGGAAAAUCAAAUUUUACAUUUAUUACCAAUA